CUAUGGCCCAACCUGGAUUGGACUUAGUGCCCCUGACCCAGUCACCGGUUAUGUAUGGAGUGAUGGAUCCCCACUGCAGUUCCUACACUGGGAAAAUGGAGAGCCAGACAAUAAAAAUAAUUUGGAAUCUUGCGUUGUAUUUGAUAGUGGUAGGCAAUCUGCAAGUGGCUCUUGGAAAGAUCUGCACUGUGAGAAGUACAAACAAUGGGUGUGCCAGAUCCCUGCAGGAGUUUCGCCAAAGCAGCCUCCCACCCCUGUUGCUCCUGACUACAAUAAGACCUCAGACGGGUGGAUAGAAUGGAGCGGGUCUCAGUAUUAUUACAACAGGGAUGUCAUGGUAAUGGAGGAAGCUCGUCGCUUCUGCCAAAUGAAGCAUGGUGACUUAGUAACUAUAAACAGUGAAGCUGAAAAUGUCUUCUUAUGGAAAUGGAUUUCCAAAACUUAUGGAGAGAGGUCUUUAUGGAUCGGCCUGGAUGUAGAUCUUGAUGGAACAUAUAGUUGGAUGGAUGGUUCUCCAGUGGUUUUUGAAAGGUGGGAUGAAAAUCAACCUAAUUUCCUACGCAAUGAUGAGAAUUGCGCUUUCAUGAAUGGAUUCAUGGGCUUCUGGCAUGUUCAAAAUUGUGGGUAUGAGAUCUGUUCUAUUUGUAAACGCAGUGGCACACCACAUGCCAACGCCACUAUAGCACCAACAGCUCCUCCUCCAAAAGGUGGCUGUCUGCAAAACUGGGAAAAAAUAGACUCAAAGUGUUACAGAAUCAUUAACAGCCAGAAGGAGACGUGGUUUGGAGCGAGGACACAAUGCAAAUCAAUUGGUGGAAAUCUGGCCUCAAUCCCCUCAAGAGAUGUUCAAG